AUGAGGCUCAUCAUCCAAGACACCUACGAUGAGGUGUCCGUCUGGGCCGCCAAGUAUGUGUUGAAAAAGAUACUGGAGCACAAGCCGAGUGAAGAGAAUUAUUUCACUCUGGGUCUUCCUACAGGAAGCACCCCACUUGGCAUGUAUAAGAAACUCAUUGAAUUUCACAAAGCUGGCAAGGUGUCGUUUAAAUAUGUGAAAACCUUCAACAUGGAUGAAUAUGUUGAUCUGGCUAGAGACCACCCUGAGAGCUACCACUCGUUUAUGUGGGAGAACUUUUUCAAGCACAUUGACAUCCAGCCAGAGAAUGCCCACCUGCUGGACGGAAAUGCAAAAGAUCUUGAGAAGGAGUGCCGGGAGUUUGAGGACAAGAUUAAAGCAGCUGGUGGGAUUCGCCUUUUUGUUGGGGGUAUUGGCCCAGAUGGUCAUAUUGCUUUCAAUGAACCUGGCUCAUCGCUGGUGUCUCGUACUCGAGUCAAGACAUUGGCCAGGGAAACAAUUCUGGCCAACGCUCGCUUCUUUGACAAUGACUUGAAAAAAGUGCCAACCCAAGCUCUGACUGUUGGUGUUGGUACAGUUAUGGAUGCUGAUGAGGUAAUGAUACUAAUCACAGGUGCCCACAAAGCCCUGGCCCUGCACAAGGCCAUCGAAGAAGGUGUCAACCACAUGUGGACAGUGUCAGCCUUUCAGCAGCACCCACACACAAUCUUUCUCUGUGACGAGGAUGCCACCAUGGAACUACGAGUUAGAACUGUGAAGUAUUUCAAGGGGCUCAUGCAGGUUCAUAACAAACUCAUUGAUUAA